AUGCUCGAGGGACUCGUAUCGACGCUGCUUAAUCGGUUCUUGGGCAUGUAUGUCCAGAACUUCGAUCCAAAGCAGCUCAACGUUGGCAUCUGGUCUGGAGACGUCAAACUGCGGGACCUCGAACUCCGCCGCGAAGCCCUUGACCAGCUCCGCUUACCGCUCAACGUCGUCGAAGGCCAUCUUGGCUCCCUCACACUAUCCAUACCCUGGUCAAACCUGCGCGGCAAACCCCUCAAGGUCAACAUCGAAGAUGUCUUCUUGCUGGCAGCGCCAAAGGAAGAUGCAGACUACGACGCAGAAGAGGAGGAGAAGCGUGCACAUGCUGUCAAGAUGGAGAAGCUCGACAGCGCUGAGCUGCUAAAAGAGCGAAACACAGAAGGCAUGAGUGCCGAAGAGCAACAAAAGAACCAAAGCUUCACGGCAAGCUUGGUCACGGCAAUUGUCGACAACGUCCAGGUCACGGUCAAAAACAUCCACAUCCGAUAUGAGGACUCAAUAUCCGACCCAGGGCAUCCCUUUGCUCUGGGUCUCACCCUUGCAGACUUCAGUGCUAUUAGCACAGACGAAAACUGGAAGCCUACCUUCAUCCAGGGCACUUCCGCCUCCACGCACAAGCUGGCCACACUUGGAUCGUUGGCGGUAUACUGGGACACGGACGCCAAGUUGAUUGGUACAGGCAAGGGCAAUCAGAGCAGCGAUGAGCAGCAAAUCGACCGGGAAGACUUCAUCGAGCAGGCGCGGGGCAUGAUCGCUAGAGGCGACAACCCCGAUCUGGGCGAUCAUCAGUUUAUCCUCAAGCCCAUCAGUGGACGUGCUGGUUUGGAAAUUGACAAGACGGGAAAAACAGACCGGGCUAAGAUGAAGGCUCGACUUUUGUUCGACGAACUCGGUUUCAUCAUCGACGAAGAUCAGUAUCGUGAUGCGCUGAUGCUGGUCGACUUGUUCCACUACUUCAUUCGCCACCAAGAGUACAAGAAGCUGCAACCAAAGUCGUCGCCCAAAGAGGAUCCUGCUGGCUGGCUUCGGUUUGCAGGCAAGGCUGUACUCGACAAGAUCCAUGAGAAGAACCGCCGGUGGAGCUGGGACUACUUCAAAGAGAGGCGCGAUGACCGGAUACGGUAUAUUGAGCUUUUCAAGAAGAAGAAACGCGAGGAGAGGCUCGAUGCCACCGAGACUGAAGACCUGGACAGACUGGAGCGGAAGCUCUCCUACGAAGAUCUUCGUUUCUGGCGCUCACUAGCCCGAAACCAACUGCGCAAAGAGAAUGUUGGUGUCAAGAAGCCACCGCCCAAGCAAACAUGGACCUCCUGGGUCUGGGGAAGCAAGCCAGAGGAGCAACAAGAAGAUGACAACACGCAGAUGAGCGAGCAGCAACGAAAAGAGCUGUACGACGCCAUUGACUGGGACGAGAAAAAGGCCAUCGCUGAGUCAGUGGACAUGCCUCGUGAAUACGUCAAGCUUGAGGUCAAUAUGAGCCUACGAACGGGCAGCUUCACACUCAAGCGUGAUCCUCAUGGCAAGUCAAAUGAGAUACUCCGGCUUCUUUUCGAUUCGUUCAGUACGCAGCUGCUGCAGCGCACAGACUCGACAUUUGUCAAGGUUGCGCUCGAAGGUAUGCGUCUGUAUGAUGGUACCACCGAAGGCAGUCUCUUUCCACAAAUCAUCACGGUCAAGGAUGCACCACCUGUACCCGACGAGAAGCGAAUUGAAGAACUGAAUGACGAUGAAUCACCCAAGGAUGCAGAGGGUGAAGAUCACGAAGACGAAGAGGAAGAAGAAGAAAAAGAGGACCCCUUCUUCUUCCUGACGUUUGAAAACAAUCCGCUCGACGGAGCAGCUGAUACAAACCUGACCAUGAAGCUGAAGAGUAUGGAAUUUGUUUACAACCCGAGAUUCGUGGUUGAGGUUGCCAAGUUCUUCAAACCUCCAGAGAGACACAUGGAAUCCAUUGGCGCCCUCAUGGAGACUGCUGGCGCUACUGUCGAAGGAAUUCGACAGCAGACUCGUGCAGGCUUGGAGUUUGCACUUGCCGAACACAAGACCAUCAACGCUCAGCUGAACCUACAGGCUCCGCUCAUCAUCGUCCCUGAUUCAGUCACGAAGAAAUCAAGCAACUGUCUCAUCCUUGAUGCAGGUCACGUAAGCGUCACGAGCGAGCUUGUUGAUAAAGAGACGCUUCGGGACAUCCAGGCCAAGCAGAAGCAACAAUAUACCGAUGAAGAUUUCCGAAGGCUGGAAAAUUUAAUGUACGACAGGUUCAACUUAAAGCUACACUCCACACAGGUACUCAUAGGCCCGUCUAUCGAGGAGACUCGCGCACAGUUGGAAGAAGACUCAAGCGUGAAGAACUAUCACAUUGUCGAUCGCAUCAACAUCGACUUCAAGAUCGAGAUAUGCAUCGUCCCCAAGGCUUCGGAUCUGACCAAGUUCCGCGUCUCUGGAAACCUGCCAGUGCUCCACGCGUCGGUAUCGGAUUCCAAGUACAAGAAUCUCAUGAAGCUGAUUGAUGUGGCCAUACCAAAGUUUGGAGAUGAAAGCACCAGCAAACCGGUGGUUGAUGGAGCCAAGGGCCCAUCGAACCUGAAGCCCAACGUCGAGGGCAAGCCUGAAACGGAUCCUCUCGGACGAGCACGCUCAAGGUCCUUCAAGUUUGCUGCUCAAGACCAUGAGCUUGUCAUGGAAGAGGACGGCCAGAGCGAUACAGAAGAGCAAUUCUCGGAUGCGCUAGAACCCAAAGACCAUCAGCGGAACUUGCACCUGCACCAGCGCAACUUUGAGUUCAAGUUCACGGUCGAUAAGCUUCAAGGCUCGCUGUACAGAGCAGACCCAGAAGGAAGAAAGGCAGAUAAGCUCUUAGUCGAGUUGGUUGCAGAGAGUUUCGAUCUCGAUUUCUACCAAGAGGCGUUUGAGAUGGCUGCAGAUGUUCGUCUACGAAGCUUGGCUGUUGAAGAUCAUGUGGAAGAAUCCACGAUUCCUGAGUUCAAGAACAUCAUCUCGUCAGAAGAUGUGUCGGGAGACGAACAAAAAGACCUGUUCUCACUCAAGUUUGUCAAGGUGAACAAGGAAUCACCAGAGUUCCAGACCAAGUAUGAGGGUAUUGCCACCAACUUGGAUGUCGCAGUCUCAACCAUCAACUUGAUAGUAACUCGACGGACACUGCUGACUUUGCUGGACUUUGUUCUCGAUACCUUCACAAACCCAGGUCCGCCACAAAAUCAGCAAGCUCAGAUCACGGACAAGCAAGAGGACCAACCGGUAGUAGCGCAGCCUCAAUCGGAGCCUGACAAAAUACGCAUCCGAGCAGAGUUGAAGCGCAUCGCUGUAAUUCUGAACAACGACGGCAUACGGCUAGCUACCUUGAGUUUGAACUCUGGCAAUGUUGGCAUCUUCCUCAGCGGCAAAACCAUGCGUAUUGGAGGAAGGCUCGGAAAUCUGUCGCUCAUCGACGACGUCAACCAAGGCGUAUCAGAAGAGUCUCCACUCCGCCAACUCGUCACUAUCGAGGGCAAGAAUCUGGCUGACUUUAGCUACGAGACUUACGAUCCUGAAUCGGGGAGCUAUCCAGGAUACGAUACGGCUGUUGUACUGAAAACUGGGUCUGUCAAGAUCAACUUCCUUACUGAGCCUUUCCGCAAGAUCAUGCAAUUUGCCGUCAAAUUCGGCAAGAUGCAAGCCAUUUUCAAUGCUGCUCGCCAGGCCGCGGCGAACCAAGCAACACAGAUACAGCAACGAGCGACAAGGUUCCAUUACGACAUCAUCAUCAGUACUCCCAUUGUUGUGUUCCCUCGCAUGGUGGUCUCCGAUAAACCAGAGCGUGAUACUCUCACUGCGAACCUGGGAGAGAUCUACGCGAAGAAUACUUUUGUCCCUCUGGACGACUCAAAGAGCGCAGAGACCGCCAACAAAAUAUCGGCCGGCAUCAGGCAUAUUAAGCUCACCUCGAAGCUGCACUAUGAAGGUGAUCGCUCUGAGCAGUUGCAGCUGAUCGACAAGGUUGAUCUCGACUUCAACAUUACUAUGGUGGAACACAAGCCCGGGCAACAACGGCCAGAUCUUGAAGUCGAUGGUUCAAUGUCGAACAUCAACUUGCAGCUUACACCAGAGCAGAUGAGGUUCGCAUUGGAACUAUCGCGAUCGAUACCUGGAGCCUUUGCCGCAGAGUCCGAUGCAAUUGAUCAAGACGUUGAAGCUGAGCUGCCAGAUGAGACGACAGAGCCUGCGCGUCGGAUGACGGACAAGAGUGACGAAGAUUUGGUGCCCUCCAAGGAAAUGACUACCUCACAAGGACCUGAGCUACAUACCGAUGAAGACAAGUGGACGAAGCUGGACUUUGUCUUCAAAGUCGGCACCAUCGGUUUAGAGCUCAUCAAGUCUACAGAUGGUGAGCCUGUUGGUGAUGUCGAGGCCGCAAGCUUAUCGAAGUUUUCUUUGAAUGACACCAACGUCAAGGUCCGCAUGAUCAGCGAUGGAGCCAUGGAGGCAGAGUUUGUUGUACAGUCCUUCACCAUUCGGGAUAGCCGCAUGCAAGGAGCCAACAAGUUCCGCAAGAUCAUGUCGCUCAUUAACAAUGACGUCCAGCAGCAGUUCAUGGCUAGUGUAUCUAUUGCAGGUGGACAGGAACGCAGCAUGAUUGCACUUCUCACCAUCGAUAGCCCACGGAUCAUUCUCGCUCUUGACUAUCUAUUUGCCCUUCAAGCAUUUGCCAACGCGGGUCUUGCAACUGACGAGCCCUUGGCUAUUCAAGAACCAGAACAGGAAGAGACGGAUAGUGAUGAUGAGGAUAUCAUGUCACCCGACGGGUCCCGGACACUCGAAAUACCACAGCCUACCCAGGCGCCAGCCGACAAUGGUAUGAAUGUGUCUUUCCGUGUAAACUUGGUAGAUGCUCAGGUCAUCCUCAUUGCAAACCCAGCUAUGGCCAGCUCUGAGGCCAUCGUGCUUGGCACGAAGCAGGUUCUCAUCUCCAAACAACAAUCGAUGACGCUACAGGUGGACAAGGUUGGCAUGUUUUUGUGCCGCAUGGAUCGUUUCGAAACCAACCGCAUGCGAAUUCUCGAUGACUUCAGCAUCCAAACGGCUUUGGACAUGCGAAAUCAGGGCUCAAAGACCUCGAUGACGAGCAUAACUGUCGACAUCGAACCCCUUGUCCUGCGAUUGUCACUGCGAGAUAUCUUGCUAGCUAUGCAGAUUGUGAACCGAGCAUCUGCAAUGGCUGCGCCAGCUGAAAAGAGCAUGCCUCCUGCGGAGGCCCAGAAGCUUAAGGCAGCAACGCCAUCCAAAAAAGGGACGUCUCACGCAGGCAAAGCGUCGACCCAUAAGCCUCAGACCAAGUCUCUUGCGACUAGCAAGCGACCAACUCAGCAAACUGGGUACCAACAACAACCUUCAUCGACUAUUAUCCAACGCGAAGAGCUGCAUAUAAGCUUUGAAGGUAUACGAGUUGUGCUCAUUGGCGAUGUACACGAGAUGCCUAUGUUGGAUUGGCGCGUGAAGAGGUUUGGGGUGGAUGUACGAGACUGGUCAGGCGCAAUGGUCGCCGACACCUCGCUCGACACCCUGAUCAAUGUCUACAACUUUUCAAAAUCCGCAUGGGAGCCGCUGAUUGAGCCUUGGAGUGUCGGUUUCCACAUGUCCAAGGACCAAGAUCCAGACAAAUUGACCGUGGAUCUCUACUCGCGCAAGUCUAUGGAGCUCACGGUAACAGCAGCUACGAUUGCGCUGGCAUCCAAGUCAUUUGACUUCCUCACUAGUGAAGACGAUAUUCUUUCCAAGCCCCGAGGUAACGAUGCCCCAUAUCGCGUGCGCAAUUACACGGGCUUCAGUCUUGACAUCUGGGCUGAGGGCAAAGAGGAAGAGGGCUUCGCCGCUAAGCUUGAAGACGGAGAGGAACAACCAUGGCGAUUCGAAGAUCCUAUGUCGGCAAGAGAAACGCUUUCGACCGAUAGCGCCACUGGCAUGCUCGGAAUCAAACUGCAAGGCAGUGGCUUCGACCCUCUCUCUCGUGUUCAGGUGCACCGCGAGGGAGAAUUCCUGUACAAUCUCAAGCCCAAGCAGGAUCGCGUUCAGCAUCGCCUACUGAUCGAUGUGAAACUUGGAUCUGACAACGUCAAGAACAUCACUAUCCGCUCUCCGUUGCUGGUAGAGAACAACACUCAGAUUCCAAUUGAACUUGGCAUGUAUAGCCCAGAUGAUGGUCAUCUUCUCAAAAUCGAUAAGAUACCUCCUGGAGAUGCUAGACCUGCUCCUGUUGGUGCCUGCCACAUGCAUUCGAUGAUUGUUCGUCCCGACCAGGGCUUCGGUUAUGCCUGGUCCAACGAGCAACUGUUCUGGAAGGACCUCCUAAAGCGUCCUACUAGAACGAUUACAUGUCGUGGAGAGCAGGAUGAACAGGCGCCGCCAUUCUUCUUCCAAUUGCAUGCUGCUUACGACAAGAAAGACCCAUUAACUGGUAUCUAUCCAUACAUGAGGCUUCGUCUCCAGGCGCCAGUUGAGGUGCACAAUCUUCUUCCAUACGACUUCAAGUACCGAAUCUACGACAGCAACACAAAGAAGGAUUGGACAAACUUCCUUAGAAAGGGUGGCAUCAGUCCAGUCCACGUAGUAGAGCUCUCGCACCUGCUGCUCAUCAGCGUUGAAAUGCAAGAUGGGCCAUUCAAGCCCAGCAAAUUCGGCAUCAUCAACUCCACCGACCGGGAGAGCUUCAGAAGGGAAAAAGUGCUGGAGGUCAGAGACAACAAUGACACGACUCUACACCUCAACAUGCAUUUCUUCAAUUUUCCCGACGGCGGUGGCGCCUUCAAAGUAGCCAUCUACAGUCCAUACAUCAUACUCAACCGCACUGGGUUGCAGCUAGAUGUUCGAGCACAGCAGUCCAUGGCUUCAGGCAGAGCUGCUGGGCAAGCUGUCGUCACAGAUAACCAAGAAAAUGCCAGCAAAGCUCUACCCGUCAUGUUCUCAUACCCAUCACAGAACAAGAAAAAUCGCGCUCUGAUCAGGGUUGGUGACUCGAACUGGAGUAAGCCUCAGAGUUUCGACGCGAUUGGCAGUACGUAUACCGUAGCUUUGCCAUCGGCCAAGGCGCGGUCCGAUAUGCACCUCGGUGUGUCAGUCUCCGAAGGCGAGGGCAAGUACAACUUAACCAAGACUGUUUCGAUUGCGCCACGCUUCAUCGUCAACAACAAGAUGAAGGAGGAGCUUCUCAUCCGCGAACCUGGUCAGUCUGACUGGAUGACGGUAAAGGACGGCGAGCUCUUCCCUCUGCGAUGGCUGCGACAAGGAGGUGCCCCACAACUGUCUCUCUGUUACCCGGGUGUUAACAACCAAUGGUCUUCGCCCUUCAACAUCUCAAACGUGGGCAAUGUCCAUGUCAAGCUCUCCAAGGCUGGCCAACGCCAAAAGCUGGUCCGCGUGGAUAUCUUGAUGGAAGCAGCAACCAUCUUUUGUCACGUCAGCAUUGAGAACAAACACUGGCCAUUCUCCUUUAAGAAUAUGAGCGAUCAAGAGUUCUUGUACUGGCAGGUGAAUCCCAACUUGGAUGAAGAUGAAGACGAUCGUGGCUCUGGCUUCCGACCAAUCAGGUACCGCUUGCCGCCGAGGAGCAUCAUGCCGUACGCAUGGGAUUUCCCAGCAGCGAAGAACAAAGAGAUUGUCAUCAGCGCGAAUGGACGGGAGCGCCAUGUUAAGCUUGCUGAGAUUGGGCCGCUCAUCCCAUUCAAGAUUCCGCCUGGACAAGAGGGUGGUGGCAUGAAGGUCAUUGACCUCAACGUUGUUGCCGCAGGGCCAACCCAGACUCUGGAAAUUGCAAAUUACAAGCCUUCCAAGAGUAUGUACAAGCAAAAGUCUAUGGGAUCAUCAUCAGCAACGACUGGUUUCGAGGUCAAGGAUAUGGAUACAGAUGUCACCUUCAAAGCACAGCUACGCCUUGCUGGUAUUGGCAUCUCGCUUGUCAAUCGUCAUCUGAAGGAGCUCGUCUACGUUACGCUUCGCGAUAUCGAGUUGAAGUACUCGGACUCGCCGCUAUACCAGAUGGUCAACAUGCAAAUCAAGUGGAUUCAGGUCGACAACCAGCUCUAUGGUGGUAUCUUCCCCAUCAUCUUCUAUCCCAGUGUUGUUCCCAAGACUGGAAAGGAAAUGGAAGCGCACCCCAUUUUCCAGACCACCAUCACCAAAGUCAAGGACGACUCGUAUGGUGUGUUGUACAUCAAGUACUUCACCUUCUUGCUCCAGCAAAUGACUGUCGAGAUUGAUGAAGAUUUCAUCUUCGCCAUGAUUGAUUUCGCAAACAUACCCGGUGCUUCCUGGACGGAAGAGAAGCAAGGAAAGCUUUGGGAUGAUAACCUCAGCAUUCCCGAACCAAAGCAAGAGCAGUCUGGCCAGGAUGUCUACUUUGAGCUGCUUCACCUUCAGCCCAUGCAGAUUGACUUGUCGUUUGUUCGCACAGAGCGUAUCAAUGCCGAAGACACCAUGAGCACUUCCAAUCCGUUCAUGUUCGCAGUCAACGUACUUACCAUGUCGAUUGGCAAUGUCAACGAUGCGCCAGUCCGGUACAACUCUUUGAUGCUCGAGAAUGCUCGUAUCUCGACAACUGCAUUGAUCAAUAACAUCAAGAACCACUACGUUCAGGAGUCGCUGCGACAAGUACACGUCAUUAUUGGAUCUGCUGACUUCCUCGGUAACCCAGUUGGCCUCUUCAACAACAUCAGUUCUGGUGUCGCGGACAUAUUCUACGAGCCGUACCAGGGUCUUGUCAAGUCUGAUCGUCCCGAGGACCUCGGUAUCGGUAUCGCAAAGGGAGCUUCGAGCUUUGUCAAGAAGUCCGUGUUUGGCUUCUCCGACAGUAUGGCGAAGUUUACUGGUAGUAUGUCAAAGGGACUUUCCGCGGCAACUCUUGACAAGGAGUUCCAAGACUCGCGCCGCAUGUCCCGCUCGCGCAAUAGGCCCAAGCACGCCCUCUAUGGCAUCACAUCAGGUGGUAAUGCUUUCGCCAGCAGUCUUGCCAGUGGACUUGGUGGUCUUGCCCGCCACCCCAUCCAGGGCGCCGAGAAGGAGGGGGCUCUUGGGUUCGUCAAAGGCGUUGGCAAGGGCCUGCUCGGCGUGCCUACCAAGGCUGCGAUUGGAGCCUUCGAUCUUGCAUCCAACAUGGCUGAAGGUGUCCGCAACACGACGACUGUUUUUGACCAAGAAGGCCUUGACCGCGUACGCCUGACACGCUUCAUUGGAACAGACGGCAUCGUGCGACCGUAUUCACAACGCGAAGCGCUUGGUCAGUUCUGGUUGAAGACACUUGAUAACGGCAAGUAUUUCAACGAAGACUACAUUGCGCAUCUCGAGCUGCAAAACAAGGAAAUGCUCGUCAUGCUCACGUACAACGGCCUCAUGAUGGUGCGCACGAAGAAACUGCAGACAGAAUGGGACGUGCCGCUCAAGGACGUACAAACCAUCAGCAAGGAGAGGACGGGCUUGGCUGUCACGCUCAAGGGAGGUGUGAAUGGACCAUUCAUUCCCGUCAGCGAUGAAGAAAGCAGGAAUUGGUUCUACCGACAGGUUGCUGUAGGGGUCAACGCGUACAACGAUCGAUGGAACGCCAAGGGUUAGCAACAUGACCGAGGUGGAUGUGAGGGUGUGUUUUGGUUAUGAGUAUGUGGUAGCGUAGGUUUCGGCUGAAGUGAUUGAUUCCUGAUAAUGUAUAUUUUUACACGGCAAGCCAAGGCAAC